UCGUAAAUUUUCAAAAUUUUCCUGAAUUUUCCGAAUUUUCCUGAAAUUUUUCGAGUUCUUCAUAAUCAAGGUAUGUACAAAAGUUUCAUUAAAUUGAUAAUUAAUGUGAUUAAUAACAUAGUUGAUAUUUUAAAAACAAUAAUUACUAGCUUAUGUCUUUUAUGAAUUCAUUUAAUAAGUUGAAGUGUUUCUUUUCCCAAACCCCCCAAUCCACUACUGAAUCAGUACCCUUAAAUUCUAGAAAAACUGAAUAUAAACAAGGAAAACUAAUUUUCUCCUCUGAACAGGAAGCUUCUGAUUUUUAUAAAAGAAAAUCAUUUUUCCCCAGUGUAAAACCUAAAGUAGUCUUUGUUGAAAAACCAGAAUCUUCAAAAGAAAAAUUUCAAAAUUGCACAGUCCUAUAUGCAAAUAUUAAAACAAGCCCUAAAUUAAUGUUUAAAUUUCCCUCAAAUUAAUGAAUCCCCCUGUUGAAGAAACAGAAAAUAAUAUUGAAAACAAAACUGAAAAUAAUAACACAGAAGAUAAUUCUACCCCAAGUACCUCAAGCCCACAAUUGAAUAUAUCUACUCAAACUUCUGAUUCAGAUUCAGAACUUUUAGAUAAUUCUUUUAGAGAAUUUGUUCCCUCAAACUCUCCAACCCCCCUUCCAAAAUUAGAUAAAACAUCUACAGGUUGGCUUUCAAAUCUAUUAUUAACUGAAGCAAAAUUCAUUGCAAAAAUCUUGACCUUAGAAGUCCCCCCCAAAUCUAAUAUUGAAAAAAUUAGAAAUUGUAUAAGAACAUAUUGUAGCCAAAGUACUAAGCAUAAUAUUUAUGCCAAACAAAUUUACGCCAAUUUGAUUAAAUACCAAACUACAAAAACCUCAAAUAAAAAAAUUCAAACAGACAUGGCUAAUAAAGAUAAAAUUUUCCACCCAGACAAAUUCUCUGGUUUUGAUGAUGAUCUAUACAAAUUUUUGGAAAAUUUUGACCUCUGUUCAACUGCGAAUGGUUGGGGAGAUGAAGAUAAAGCAAAAUACUUCCCAAUGUUAUUAACUGACCUAGCUUUAGAGGUCUUUCAAAACAUAUCUGAUCGUAAAACAAAAUUCAGUGAAUUAAAACCCCAAUUUUUAACAGCAUUUAAUGAGAAGGCUCACAAAGAUCUUAAUCAGAGUAAACUUUUUACUAGGUUUCAAAAAGAAAAUGAAAAAACAUUGCAAUACCUAACAGAAAUUUUGAAUUUAUGCAAAAGUAUCAAUGAAAAUAUGCCUGAAGAAGACAAAUGUAAACACAUUUUAAGAGGCCUAAACCCAACAAUUCUCAAGGCUAUCUCCCUUUCUGACAAUGAUACAGUAGAAAAAAUUCGUAAAAACAUUCAAAAAUAUGAAUGUUCAAAAAAUUUAUUGGACUACAGAAAAAAUUUUGAUCAAGGUGACAGAUUGAAAAAAGUAGAAAAUGAGCUCUGUGCUCUCAAAAAUAAUAAUAACACAGUUGAAAAAAUUUCCCAGUCUUUGUCCCAAUUGAAUAUUCAACCUGAACCACUGAUGAGAAGGCCAAAUUUCUUACCAUUUAGGCCACGAUCUAGGCCAAUAUAUCCAUUUAAUCCCCAAAAUCAAACCCCCUUCCAGUACCAAAUCAGAACUCCUAGACCAUAUAAUUUCCCACCAAUAAUUCAAAGACCUUUUACUCCGAGACCACUUCCACCUAGAUCUUUUCCAUUUAGACCUUUUCCAUUGAGACCUCUCCCAUCUAGACCCUUCUUUUCUUCAAAUAGGCAACAACUCUCUCAAGUGCCUAGAUACCCUUUCAAUAGACCCAAUUUCCAGCAAAAUUAUAAUCCCUCACAAAACCAAAAUAGAAACCAAAAUUCAAACCUAUUCUGUACAAAUUGCAGGAAAUCUGGUCAUAAAAAAGAAAACUGUAGAAAUCAAAAAAAAAACGCCAAUAAAUAAAUCAAAUACAUCAUCAAAUACUUUAUUUUUAUUUUUAAAUGAUUUUCAAAAAACUGAAUUUAUCCAAAAUCCCCAUAAAUACUCCGAUUUCAAGUAUUUUGAUGAUGAUGAAGUAUCCCCUUUCAUUUUGAAUUUUGAAAAACAAAAAUUGAAUAAAAACCAACAACAUGUUAGUAUAAUUGAUAACCUUCAAAUUGACAUUUUAUUCAAUAAUAAUAAAUAUGAUGCUAUAAUUGAUACAGGAAGCAAUGUUUCUCUAAUUUCUGAUAAAAUUUUUCAAAAUCUUGAUCUCCUAUCAGAAUCAAAUUUAAAAAUUUUUACAGCCAGUAAUACUUUAAUUGAUGUACUAGGAAAAACUGACAUUUCAUUUCAAAUAGGAAGUAUCCAAUUUACAACUACAUUUUAUGUGGCAAAAAAUCUAUCAUCAGAUAUAAUUUUAGGGAUUAACUUUUUUAUUGAAAAUGCGGUAGUAAUAAAUUUCAAUCGAAAAUUAAUAACUUUAGGCCAGUACCCAAAUAAAAUAAUUCUAAAAAUGGACUCAAACUGGUUAUCAAAAAUAAAAACAAAACCAAUAUCUCUAAUUCACAAUAAAUUGAUUGCUACCGAAAACUUAAAAAUUCAGCCUAGAGAAGAAAGAACUAUUUCAUUAAAAAAUCCAUCAAAAAUUCCAAACUCAAAUUUUUUUCACAACUUAACAUUUUUAAAUAAUUCUGGGAUAAAAAUUACACAAUUCAAUAAUACAGAUGAUAUCUUACACCUUGUACUUUUCAAUUACACACAAAUACACCAAACCAUAUACAAAAACCAAAAUAUAGGAAAAUUUAUAACAACCCUUCAUGAACUUAAGGAAAGAAAAAUCAAUUUUGAUGAAAAAUUAUCCGAAAAUGCCCUUUAUGAUCAGGAAAAUAAUAAAUUGGAUAUCUCCCCACUUUUGAAUACUGAACAACUCAAAAAAGUACUUAACCUUUUAAAACAGUAUUUACACCUUUUUUCAACAGACCCUACAAAUAUUGAAAAAGCAAAUGUCCCAGAAUAUGAACUAAAAUUAAAAGAUAAUACCCCAGUAAUUUCAAGAAGCUAUAAAUUAUCCCCAGUGGAACGGAGGGAAAUAAAUAGGCAAAUUCAACUCAUGUUGAAAAAUGGAAUUUUGGAAAGAUCCACCUCUCACUGUUGUUCACCAGCUUUUCUUUUGAAGAAACCUGAUGGCUCUUAUAGAUUCCUAUGCAAUUUUCAAAAAAUUAAUGAUCACCUCUACCCAGACCAUAAUUCAGUGGCUAGAAUAGAAAAUAUAAUUAUGGCUCUGGAAGGCUCAACAUUUUUCUCUCUCUUAGAUUGUAAUUCUGGAUUUCAUCAAAUUCCAUUGGCUAAAAGUAGUCGUUAUUUAACUACAAUAAUAGUUGAUAAUCAACUUUACCAAUUUACUAGACUACCUCAGGGACUGAGUGUAUCCCCUGCAGCCUUUAGUAAAUCAAUAAACUCAGAAUUUCAGGACUUACUUUAUGAAAAAAUUGUAGCUUACAUGGAUGAUAUUUGUGUCUUUGGCAAAACAUUUCAGAUAGCAUUAGAUAACUUGAAAAGUACCUUAGAUCGUUUAGAUGGUCUAAAUUUCCGAUUAAAAACUACAAAGUGUAGAUUUUUCUACAAUGAAAUUGAUCUUCUCGGACAUAAAAUAAAUGGAUCUAUUAUAAGACCUAUUGAAAAAAAUAUUGAGGCUAUUAAAAAAAUUGAUAAGCCUAAAAAUGUAACACAAGUGAGAAAAUUUUUGGGUAUGUGUUCUCACUAUCGAAAAUUUAUUAAAAAUUUCUCAAAAAUAUCUAGCCCCCUGAGUGACCUUACUAAAGGAAAUCCUGGAAAAAAGGAUAAGGUAGAUUGGAAAAAAGAGCAUGAUACUGCUUUUGAAACAUUGAAACAGGCUUUAAUAACUAAACCUGUACUAGGAAUUUAUAAUGAGUCUCGUGAAACAAUAGUAGAAACUGAUGCCUCUGAAAUUGCAAUAGGAGGUGUCAUUUCCCAAAAAAAUGAAAUUACUAACAAAAUUCACCCCAUAGCAUUUUUUAGUAGAAAAUUACAACCUCGCCAGAAAAAACUCUGUACUUAUGACCUAGAAUUAACUGCAUUAACUGAAACAAUUCAAUACUUUAGAGAAUACCUUUUUGGUAAACAUUUUACUGUAUACACAGAUCACCAACCCCUAAUAUAUUACAAAGAUGCAAAAGAGCCAAAUUCGAGAAUGGCUAGAUUAAUUCACAAAUUAUCUGGAUUUGAUUUCAAAAUUAUGCAUAAGUCAGGAAAAACAAAUACUGUUCCAGAUUAUUUGAGCAGAAUUCAAAUAAACACAAUUGCAACAAAUUCAAAUUUUUCACUGGAGCAAUCAAAAGAUGAUUUUUGUAAAAAACUAAUUUUUAUUUUGAACAACAAACCUGAUCAAAUUCCCAAAAAAGAGCUCUCAAAAUUUCAAAAAAUUAGUAGAAGAUACAUUCUGAAUAAAGAAGGAAUUCUGGAAUUAAAACACCCCAAAAAUAAUUUAAUAGUUAUCCCCUCCCAUUUAACAGAAAAAAUUAUCUCAGCUUAUCAUGAUAAAGCUAUUGGAGGAGGACAUUUUGGAAUUAGAAAAACAACUGAAAAAUUACAAAAUAAAUUUCAUUGGCCACACUUGAUCAAAGAUGUGGAAAAAUACAUAAAAUCUUGUCAUGAAUGUCAAAUUAGAAAACGAAAACCAGGACCAAAACCAGGUUUAUUAAAACCAAUUGAAGUACCAGAAUGUGACCUACUGUCACAUAUUGAAAUUGACUUUGUUGGCCCUCUUCCCAAAAGUGAAGAAAAUUCAUACAUACUUGUAGGAACUUGCAAGGCAACAAAAUUAGCCUUUGCAAAAGCAACAAAAGCAGCAGAUGCUGCAAAUGUAAUACAAUUUAUUUAUAACUUGAUUUGCCAAUAUGGGUGCCCUAUGAAAAUAUCAUGUGAUAAUGGAAAACAUUUUAAUAAUAAAGAAUUUAAAGAAUUUUGUGAAAAUAUUGGAAUUAAAUUAGUAUUUUCAAGCACCUAUUCAGCCCCUACAAACGGACUUGUAGAAAAAUUAAAUGGAAGUUUAUGUAAAACCUUGGCUUAUUAUGUUGAUGAAAAUAGAACAAAUUGGUCAAAAUUUGUACCAUUUGUAGUUUUUACUUAUAAUAUAACACCAAUUUCCAAUUUUGAUAAAUUAUCUCCAUACUUCCUAGUUUUUGGAAGACAUCCAAAUUUACCCAUUGACAAUCUGCUGGCAAUCAAUAAAAUGUCAUGGAAAGGAAGAAUGGAAGAACUUAGAGAACUUGCCAAAAUUAGAAAAGAAGUUCCAAAAUUAAUUUACAAAAAUCAACAAAUCAACAAACGAAAUUAUGACAAAACCCAUAAAGAAGUAAAUUUUGAACCAGGAGAAAUUGCCUUAUUACAAAACCCCCAUAAAGGGAAAUUUAUUCCAAUGUACACAGGCCCUGUGAAAAUUUUAAAUAAAUACUCUCCCCUUAACUAUGAAAUUGAGUAUGAAACAAAAAAGAAAACCAAAAGAGAAAUUGUACAUGUCCGUAGAUUGGCAAAAUAUGUAGAGAGGAAAAAUCAAAAAACGAAAAAUUAAAGCAGGUAGCUUUGAAAUAAAUAACCCUAUCCAUCUCAUUUAUUUUCUAGGCGCGCAUUGAAAAUAUCUUCCUUAAAAAAGAAGAAUGAGAUGAGCUGCACAUUUUUUUUUUCCCAAAGAAAAAACGUCAGAAAUUUAUUUCAUAACUACUUUGUACGUAAUAUGUAGAUAUGAAACUUAAAAACGAAGCAGUAAAAUCAAGGUACCUACGAGUGUAUUAAACUCAAGUCUAAAUGUCCUUGAACCUAGGCACUAUACCCAGUUACCCACUAGUGCCAUUAUUCUAUUCCUUUCUCUGUCUAUGUCUCCAACACUUCACUCUUGAUUUUUUUAUACAUCUGGUCAACUUUGUCAAAACUCAUGCAACACAUAACGCUAUUUUUACGAGCUCACUAACCUCAAACUACCUAGCAAACUGGCGAAUACGUACGAGAACAUUUCAAUAUUAUUUACAGAUGAUUCCGAAUGAUUCUGAUCACCUAAUUCCAGUAUUGGACUAUUAUACGGAACCAAAAGACAUCUCAACAACCUCAAAAACCCAGUUGAUGCAAUUUAUCAAUAACUAUUCCCAUAGAAGAACGCCAACUGUCAUAUUUUAUGACAAAUACGAAAAUUGGGACUUUCAAAAAUAUGAAAUAGUGUCAGGUUAUCACAUACCAUUCGUAAAUAUUAGAGAUGACGAGAUUGCUGACAUAAUUAAAAUGAUGGAAAAAAUUUUCUUUUUUACUGGCUUAUAUGCAUACAUUUAUUUUUUCAAUAAUGACCCAAUCAGACCAGAAUACUACGAGGUAGUGAUUUCUGAAGAAGAAAUUGUACCCCACCUUUUGAGAAAUGAUGAAAACGCAAUCUAAACAAUUUUCUUUUUGAAAACCAUGAAAAAUUGAGUUUAUUCUGCCCCCCUCACAUUUCAGAAAACGAAACAAAAGUCACCAAGCCCAAAGAAUUUUUUUUUCAAUUCACAUCACCAUUGUAUUUUUUUUUUGUAAAAACUAGAACUACAAAAAUUGCAAAAAAUUAAUUCAAUCUAUUCCCCCCCCCCCUUACCUUUGCAAAUCAACUUAUCAAACAAAAUGAAUUCACAAAUUUUUAUUACUCAUUUAGAAUAUGUACAAAAUAGAAAUUGUAAAAUAUUUAAAUUUAUAGUUAUACCUAAUACAUAUCCUUUUUUUUACAUGCACUUCGUUGAACCUACAAAACAAACGGAAAAACAUAACACACACAAAAAAAAAGAGGGAAUUUUACAAAUAAAUGCAAAAAAAAAAAAAUAAAUAAAAUAAAAAAAUAAUAGUAAUAAUGAAUCAAACCCCCCUUUUUUUUCCCCACAUACGAGUAAAACAAAAAAAAAAAAAAUCGAAAAAAAUAUAUACAAGAAAAACAAAAAGUACAAAAACAGUACUUAUUCAAAAAUACACAAUUUGUUUUAACAAAAAAAAAAAUCCAAAAAAAUUGUUCAUCGGCGGCUAGGGAGAAACAACUUCCCUUCAGCCACUGGUGGCUUGAAAUGGAUGAAAUACUCCCUAAGAAAUCCAUACAUAUGGAAUGUAUGGGGGAAUAACUCCCUAAAUCGAAAAUGAAAAUUCACCGGUGAUUCCCCAACCGCAAUAUUCUGGUUCACUUUUUCGAGAACAUCUUCUAGGUCCAUCUGGAAAAACCACCAAUACCAAAAAAAAAAAAAAAAAAAAAAAAAUGAAUAAAUUAAUAUUCCAAACAAAAAUUUUACAAAAAAUAAGAAAUUUAAAACAAAAAAAAAAAGAAGAAACCUACUCGCAUGGACCAGAAAUGCACGUUGUAAAAAUGACAUGAUGGUCGAUGGCACACUGCAUGCCACCCAAUUUUCCUUUUCGAUUUUAAAAGUGCAGAAUAAGGGGAGCAGCGCAGAGAACGCAGGGUACCCCUUGGGUCCCAAUAGUCAUGAGUAAUUAUUGGGUUACCUCCAGGACCAAGAGCAGUCUGAAAAUUGAGAAAAAAAUAAGAGAUAAAACGAAAUUUAAAAUAGAAUAGCAUGUUACAAAAAAAAAAACAAAAAAAAAAAAAAACGUCAACCUUACCCUUGUUUCUCCGAUUCGAUCUGCUGGCUGCUGAGCGGGACCAGCUACUCCUGGCUGCUGAGGGGGACCAGCUACUACUGGCUCCUCUCCUCCUCCCCCGUUUCCUCCUUCUGGCUGUGCUUCGGCCGGCUCAACCGCCACUAAGGGCUCUAAAUUUUCGGGAGCCUCAAUCGCCUCUUCCCCUGUUUCCUCCUGAACAUUUUCAUUCGAGGAUGACGCCCCAGUUGGCUCAGGAACAUCCACAGACGAUGAUGCAGGUGGGCAUCCCUCAAUUCCCUGUAAUUCUGAAAACAAGAACAAAAAAAAAACGAAUAAAUAGACAAAUUAUUUCAAAAAAUAUAUUUCAUACACGAAUAUUUCCCUUUGCUCGAAUUUUAUUCAAAAUUUUAACCCCCCCCCCUCACACAUCACAAAAAUUAUAUUCCUUACCUUCCGACACAUAACCAGAUUUUCCCCCAAAAACGAAACCAUUUCCCCUUUUUCAUUCUGAAUUCAAAAAUUAAUUUUCCCACAAAUACAAAAUUCGAUUCUACCCCCCCCCUCAACCUAACCAAAAGAAAAAUUACAUUUUCUAAACAACAUUUUACCCCUUUUGUAGAAACGAAGACAAAAUUCAACAUUCACAACAAAACAAUGAAACUUAAUAUUUUCCCAAAAUUCGAAAACUCAAACUUUAUUUUCUCCCAACGCCUAAAUGAAAAGUUAGAUCGGAAAAACACGCAAAAAUACCAUAUUUAUCAAAAUUUUAGGCACUGCGAUUCAUUUUUAGAUUUUUCGGAAACUUCAAAAUAUCAAAUUUGGAUUCAAAAAAAUACAAAAAUUAUCAAAAUUCCAAAAAAAUUGAAGUAAAGAACUGGCUUGGUUUCCGAACACAUUUAAAUUCAACUUUUGUUCUCUAUUUCCACUCACAAAAAAUUCAACUUUUUUUUCUCGAAGAAAAAAAUCAGAUCUUCACCUUUUUCCCUUAAAUGGAAAAUUCCAUACGUUUUUCCACACAAAAUCAAAACAUUUCCCAUUCCCCCCCCCCCCAAAUUCGAAAUUUGUUAUUCACUUUUUUUUCUCUCAAAAACAAAAACCAGAAAUUCCCCCCUUUUCUUUUUUUUUAACAAGAAUUCGAUCAUUUUUCCCAAAAAUUGUUCCCAAAAUCCAAAUUCAAUCUUCUUUUUUUCAUCAGAAAGUAACAACUCCUUUUUCAUUUUCCAUCAAAAUUCAAGUUUUCCCCCAAAAAAGCCAAAUUCAACUUUUUUCCCAAAAAUGAGUUUUAUGAAAAUCAUCUUUCCCUCAAACACAAAAAUUUGAUCCCCCCCCCAUCACCUUUUGUUUCCUCCGAAAAUUAAUCUAAUUUUUUGUAAAACACAUGAACGAAAAAAAUACACAAAAAUAAAUUAAAAAUAAAAAUCUAUUUUGGUACUUACGUUGUAAUAAAUUGUCAACUUCAUCUCCAAUUACUUCCGCGGGGAAAUCAUUUUCUUGCAGCAAUUCAUCAAUAUUAAACUGUCCCUCCAUGAUAAAAUACGAAAUUAAUCACACCCAAACACAAAAAAAAUGAUAAAAUGAGAAAAAAAUUCGCGAUUGUUCUCAAUUACACAAGAAAAAAACGAAACGAAAUCAAAAUAAACAAAAAAAUUGUCAAAAAUUCACCGUAAGUUUAAGAACAAAAAAGCAACACGAAACACCACCAAAUCUACUACUCCAAACGAAAUCAAUCCUUUACAAAGUUAAAAGUAAGACUGAAAAAUCUUACACUUCUCACUCGCUAAUUUUUAAUAUUUUUCGGAUCAUUUACAAAAUCAUAAAAAAAUGAUGGAAAAAAAAUCGCAUACAUUGUUAGGAAUGGAACCCAUACCUGUCCCCCCAAAACCAGACUCCGAUGCAUAAAAUCUGUCUCACUCAAACAACAAAUAUACAAACCAAUAAAAUAAAAUAAAAAAAAAAAAAAAAAAAAAAAAAAAUAUAA